AGGCGGCGGGGGCGCGAUCUCGUUAUCUAUUUCAUCUUUGUUUGUUUGUGUGUGUUUCUUCCUGUGUUGCUGGCAUUGUUUGCAUGUGAUUUGCCAAUUUUUAUUUCUUAGACAUAGAUUAAAACUAACUCGUUGAAGCAUUUCAUAAUGAUGUUGUUUUUCUCUGAGAAUGCUCAUUGUUCACUGAAUGCUUUAAGUUGAACUUAAGUUUUUAUCACUGAUUAGAUCUAUGAUGCAACGUGGUGCGAGUACAAUUUUAAAAAUUUGCAUGCAUAAUAAUGUUAAGUAUUAAGUUACAUAAAUUGGCCACUCCUAUCAGUAAUACGUAAUAAUUAGCUCUACUCUGACCAUGGUUUGGGUUCUUUUCUGCUGCUUGCUAUAUCUAAAUAUUGCUGCAAGAGCUGUAGGACAUGGAUUUAUGGACCUGUCACUCGUAGAAUACAGAGCACAAAGAAUUGGUCAAAAUAGUGAAAUAGCUGCAAAUCCUCUCAAUAAUACACUAAGAGUCCUUCAAGAGUAUCAGUUCAAUUGUACAUCAGCAAACAUAACCAGUCUUAUAUUGGGUAUUGAUGUCAGAACUGAUACUGAUCGUCACGUUUUUCCUAAAGUCCAAAUAUUUAAGCUAAAUGAGUAUGGUGAAUAUGAAAGAAAGGCCAGCACUGAGAGAACUAUUUAUUAUUCUACCUCUAAUGUCAGUACUAGUGGAGUGUUUGAAUAUCCACUCAAUCCUCCUAUAAGAGUCUUCAGAGGUAAUUUAUUGUCCAUAUCAGUGCUGAAUGAAAAUGAGAGUGUUGUUUGA